UUGCUUUUCUUGUCCAUUUGUGUUUGCAGAUCCAGCAGGAAGAAGUUUUAGGGGUUCAGCAGUCCACUGUGAUGGUGGUAGAACUGCUUAUUUGUGAUCCUGACUCAGCUGCCCCCAGACUCAUGGGGAGAGACACCAUCACGCUGCAGGAGAUCCUUAAGAAAUCUUCAUUUAGCCACCAGUUCAACUUGAGGCUCAGACACCAGAAAGUUUGCAAGUUGGACGCAGAGCUGGCGUUCACGUACGGCUCCUUGGGCUACGGGUACUCUCACCAGAUCAAACAUCCAGGAAGAACGAUGGAGAAUCUGGUGGAGAAAUCUCUCUUUCCCCGCUGCCCUCCUAAUCAAGAUCAAAGAGAUCCGCAAUAUAAUGUGACAACCCCCUCCACACUGCCCCAAGUGGACAUCAUUCCCUCUCUGAUGCAGCAAGACACACCAAGAGGCGCAGAGUGCAGGAUAUCUGCUGGCCUGAUGGACUGCAUCCAAAGGAGAGGCAGGUUGUUGCAGCUGCAUAAAGGCUUGCAGGAGUGUACGACAGGAGAGGAUAGGGUGCAGUUUCUGGAAAACCUGAUUCUAAGGAAGAGUCUUGGCACCAGCUAUCCCUGCAGAAAGAACGAGAGCUCUGAGGUGUAAGGUCCUGUCUAAAGAGGAGGAAAUGAAGAGAAAUGAGGAGGACGAGAACUAUGGAACGUCAGAGACAAGAACAGGAAAUGCUACAUGCAAGACGAGGAAGUAGAGAGAAAAAACAGCAGAACUUGAGGUCCGUCUCCAUUUCUCUCAGCACUGGCUCGUCUGUUCCUCUUUAUCCUGCUCCAUUCCCACCAUCUCGACUCGCCUGCAGCAAACAACAACAAAGUGCUGGAUCUAAUAAACAGUACAUUACAAAUAAAAAAGCAAAUAAAAACACAUC